AUGUUCGAACGAAAACAACGACAGUCGGACCUGGAGAAGACCGAUGGCUGCGAGGGAAAAUACACGAUCGGGCUCGGGCAGAACAAGCUGGCCUUCGUGGAUGAUAGGGAAGACAUCAACUCCGUGCUGAUGACGGUCAUGCAGAGCCUGCUGGAGAAAUACGACAUUGAUCCGGCCAAGAUUGGGAGGCUUGAGGUGGGUAAGGAGUGGGUCGGAACGGAAACGCUGUUGGACAAGUCUAAGUCGGCCAAGACCUGGCUCAUGCCCCUCCUGGGCGCGAGUAACACGGACGUGGAGGGCGUGACCUCGUACAAUGCCUGCUACGGCGGCAGUGCGGCUCUCUUCAACUCCGUGGCAUGGGUCGAGAGCAGCGAAUGGGACGGUCGCUACGCCCUGGUGGUGUGCGGUGACAUCGCUGUCUAUGAGGCCGGCCCCGCCCGCCCGACCGGUGGCUGCGGCGCGGUGGCGAUGCUCGUCGGCCCCGACGCGCCUCUGGUCCUGGAGCCGGGCCUCCGGUCGACUCACUCCCGAGAUGCUUACGACUUUUACAAGCCCAAGCACUCCGAGUACGCAGAAGUCGACGGGAGGCUGUCCCAGUCGGUAUACUUGGAGUCCGUGGACAAGUGCUACGCCGGCUUCAAGGCAAAGGCGGCAGCCAGGCAAGACAGACUGGCGGCAUCAGGGGUGACGCAGAGCGGGGGUGUGACCACCCCCCCUGCGACUGUGACGGUGGACUCGUUCGACUUCGUGAGCCUUCACGCGCCUUACAACAAGCUGGUGCAGAAAGGCUUUGCGAGGAUGUCGUUCCUUGAUUUCCGCUCGGACCCUUCCGCGGAAGGGUUCCGGGAUCUGCCGGCGGCGGCCGCGGAGGGAUGGCGCACGGUUGAGCUGGGAGGCACGUACGCGGACCGAGAGAUAGAGGCGGCCUUCCGUAAGGCGUCGGCGGGCGACUUCAAGGCGCGCUGUCUUCCGGCGUCCACAGUCAGCCGCGAGGUGGGCAAUUGCUACACUGCCUCGGUGUUUGCUGGUCUCGUCUCGGUGGUGGCCGAUAAGGGGACUGCUCUGGAGGACGGCGGGGGAGCCCGCGUCUUCAUGUUUAGCUACGGGUCCGGCUUCAUCGCGACCGCCUACAGCUUCAAGGCGAGGCGACCAACUACGUGCAGAGGGCAGUUCUCUCUCGGAGGCAUGCAGGAGGCCAUGGGCAUCAAGGACCGCCUGGCGAGACGACUUGGACGUACGCCCGAGGACUUCGCACAGGCAAGCCGUCCAUUCGGAGGGCAUUCUUUUUACGACGUCACCACGGCUAUGAACCUGAGGGAGCAGACGUACGGGAAGGCUGGGUAUACCCCUAGCGGGGCGGCGGAUGCGCUGUUCCCGGGAACGUUCUACCUGACCGAGGUGAGGCGGUGUGUUCGUGGCAAGUACGCCAGAGAGAAUGUAUGAGGAUCGGCAACUGGCCGUGCCGCCGCACUUUCAUGCAGGUCCACGACAAUUAGCAACAAAGCCUCUAGAGCGGCAAACGCGUACAAAGCGUCACAUGUUUUAGACAGGAUUUCUUGUCUCCUGAGCGAAGCGAGACUUUUCGAGACUUAGCUCCUUGCUCAUGUUGGUGUUCGCAGGGACGUGCCCCGCCCCUACCCAUGUCACCCUCUUUUUGCUAGCGUCGGAGAACUCGAACACCUCCGAUGCUGCUGUGGUGGCGCCGCCGCCGCUUCAGGUGUGAGCUGUCCGCAACGACGGCCGUCUCCCCGGCCGCCACUACAGUAGUAAUCUAGGCGACGCACUAGAUUCAGCAGUCGGAUAGCUCCGGCGCAAGGCGAUACGUAUGUAUGUAUGUAUCGACCGGGGUUGCGGUCGGAUCCUCGGUGGUGAGGGUGUGGGAAAUUUCUGCGCGGUUUCCUCGGGUCAUCGUACCUGUUGAACCAUGACAUUCGUUUGCAGCGGGGCUCAGGGAGUUCUCUUCUCUGCUCCAUCCUAGACUUGCACAGAAGAGCGGCCACUUCUUCACAGGCUUUUUCUGAAUAUUCGUCUCAUUGGUGCUGGCGUCAGUCAGGAUGAUGGGCUCCCAGCUGUCAGACGGGGGGUCACACAAAUCGGUUAUUUUUCACACACACCCCGCCGGCUGAUAUCAUCAUGGUCAUGCCAAGCCAGCUCGUCUAUCUCCUGGUGGUGCCUUCACUCAACAAACUUGGGGUUCGGCGAGAGUCGUCAUGGACUUCACUGCAUUACAGUAUUGCAUAAAAGAGGGGGUGAUUAAGGGAGUAAGUCAAGGAAUCGAGGACUACAACAAGAGAGAAGUUCAACGCAUCAGCGAGGAACAUCAUGUCUCGAAGGCGGCGACACCAGCCCGACAGGCCUUCCUUCCAGCGGGAUCGCGAGAGGCAGCAACCCACACGAGCGUUCCAGUAGUGAUACCAGGGACGGCAGCAGAUACUCCGAGAAAUUCUCCAGCAGCAGCUUCUCCCUCCGACGGAAUCGUUGAUGCACUCGCGCGAGCUAUCACGGCGGGACUCGGCGUUCAACAUCAACAACAUCAUCAUGAGGGUCGUGUUGGUGCAGGCAUGUUGCGUUUGACACCGCAAGGUCUCGAGCUGUGUGUAGAGCCUUGGACGGGGGUGACAGAGAGGGAGGAGGACUUGCAGACGAGGUUUUUGGUUUUCAAAUCGACUCUUUUGGCGAUAUUUGCUCAGGAGGGCUUGACGGAUGUGGUAAUUCGUGAGUUGCCCAUCAGGGUAGGACCUACAACUAACUGGUGGUGAUGACCUUGACUCUAUUCGAGAAAAGUUUUCCGAAGACUUGAUCGAGAGAUCAACCAAGGCGUGGAACAUUUUGAUUUCAUCGAUCACGUUUAGACUAUGCCGAUUCUCACGCAGAUUUUGGCAGCGGGGAGCCCAAGUGAGGGUGGAAGAUAUUUUGCACGUACUACGAACGUCGCGCUGCAAUAGAGAAGUCUCGUUUGGAAGACGAAUAUCGCGAGUUCGCAUGGAAAGCGACGAGUCUCCACAGUCGUACUUCGAUAGGUUUGCGGUAUUGCGAGGCCGGCUGGCUUGGCUUGGUGUGACUUUCCCCGAUCCUCAGAGGCAUUUGGUCCGCAACCUAGCCCCUGCUUUCAAUGUUAUGAAGGAUAUUCUUCUCUCCCAAGAAUUAACGAUAGAAAGCGUCGAGGAUGUGGUCACAAGUGCCUACGAGCACGGGGAUGUGCAGAUCCAGCAGGAGGGGGAUGACCAGGAUGGGGCAGGCACUACAGCAACGGCCACAUCUGCAACGGCCACCCCUUCGGCUACUUACUACGCAUACCCGCCGCACGAGAACACUACCCACGGCACCAGCAACUACGACUAUUAAAACGAUGGGCCAGCCGCCGUACAAGCGGAGCACCAGCAACUUCCUCCCUUUGCCCGGACCCGUUCACCCGUUCCCGGUGGUUCGUCGUUGCCUCCGGGUGUGUUGCACACCCUAUGACGUUGUGUAUCUACAGGCGAGUGCGUUCCGUUUCCGGGAAUGGCGGAGGCGGGCGGUGGUGGUAGUGCAAAGAUCGGUGGGGAUACGGGUUUGAGCAUAGACGAGCAUGGUGGACUGCCAGUUGGGUGUCGCGCUCUUACUACGGUUAAAUCUCAGGCCUGCACCGCCGGGAAAACAGAGCGGCGUGAUUGGGAAUGGGGAUUGCGGGAGUGCUAGGUGUAAGGAGCCUCGAUCUUUGUUUUUUACCACCCCCCACUGAAACUGGUGCAGACGAAGUUCGCGUGCAGCUGUCUGAUUUGUUUUUGAUACAGGAAUGAAAUUCAAAGUUCUCUAGCUGCACCGCGCACAGGGGUCCUUGUAUGGACGGGACAUCUUGACGGUGCACUUCCGCGUCAUGAGCAUGUUUACGUGCUUUCAGCUACGUGACUGCCCCCUUUUAUUCCCGUCGAGAUCACGGUAGCUGUUUCUGACUCAUCCAUGUGCCCUUUCUUACCCCCAUGAAGAUUGCUCUGGCGAGGGUUAUAGAGUCAUGGCAUCCGCCACCCCUCCCCCCAGUACUGUAGCAAGCACGUGCCUUCAGCAUCUGGUGUCCAGCCCACCUCGCAUGGGUCGCACAUGAGGCGUUUGGUGUUCCGAACAUUAAUUUAGCUGUGAUGCCUUUGGAGUGCGAGUCUGGUGUCCCGCCCAUUCAAACGGGCUUUGCUGUGCCUUCAGUGCCUCUUUUGUUGUAGGUGUCUACGUAUACCCUUUCUCAGUCAGUGUUCAGUACCCCUGUUCAUGUAGUUAUCUUACGUUGGUUGGAACGAAGCGCAUUCGGAGGAAAUACAGCGUGUCGUAGUUUAUCUCUUGUCUCGACGAUAGGACGUUCGGUGUUCGACCUCACUCUCUGGGAGCUCUCUCUGAUCUAUCGGAAUAUCUGAAAAAUUUACCUGUCCUUGUCGUACAUUGGAUGCUGCCGGCGUACUACCUAGACUACAACCGUCCGUCGGUGUAUCUGACUGUGUUGGCCACCUAAGCGCCUUGUUC